AUGGAUCACGCAAUCAUCGCAGCGAAAAUGACGUACAUCAAAUACCACUCCGCUAUCGUCCACAACUUCAAUGAUUCAGGUGAGUUCUCCAUCAAAGACCUUCCGCUCAUUGAUGCCCCCAAUACCAAAGGCAAGAAGUUCAAGGAGUUCUUCCACAUCGUAGAGGGGGUUUCUGCUGCAGAUUGCGAUAUCAUCCGCAAUGUCUACAACUCGGACGGCAAGUACACGGUACUCAAGUUCUUUCACUCCUCCGCUUUCAUUCCUCUGGGACUUGCCAAAGCCUUCUGUGCACAUAAGGUAAGGGUCAUCAACUACCAGGUCGCGGACAACAACGAUCACGUCAAGUGCGCUUUCCUCUACAUGCUUAACCGCAUCCAGGGAGAGCAAUGGUUGACGCAAUCAUUGGUGAACAAGGUGUCUGCCAAAGCCAUGAAGAAGGACGAUUCGGGUGAUGGGAAAAACUGGGAGCCCAGUGACAACGAGCUACGUGAGGGUAUCGCCUUUAUCAACGACUACGCGCCUCUGUCCAACACCAAGAACGAACAGUUCUUGUGGUGUCUACUCAAUGUUCGCGACCGCGAGUCUCCCAUCUAUGGCUGGCCCCACCAUGUUGUCAACAAAGCUUGCAUCAAUCGGUCCACGGGCAACUCACAAAGUGAUCCAGAAUAUUUCUUUCCACUUCUACUACAUGACUUGGACCAAAGCUUUUUGGAGAAGGUCGUGCCGCUGGUGAUGCCCACUAUGACUGGGCAUGGGCUUAUCCUUUUGGGCCGUGCAGGUGUUGGAAAAACGCCCACUGCCAUCAUCCUCGCGAUGGCCGUCGCCCGCCACCUCGUGGUAACUCGUGGUCUUGAUGGCCACAUUCCUGGAUUUAGAAGAUCGAAGCAGAUCGACGGAUUCCGGGAAAGGCCUGGCGAGUUGCAUGUACCGGUUCUCCUCGAUGACCCCUUGUUGCACUCCAUGAACAUGGAGGAUAUCAAAUCCUUUCUCGAUGUGGCCGAGAACACCCUGGUGGAUGCCCGGUAUAGGGCCGCCAAGUUUGUCCGCAACCAAGUCCGCAUUCUCCCCAACAAUGAAUGGGGGGCGGAGAAGGAGCCACGAAUGACCAUGGGCGACAAGAUUGAUUGGCAGGCCUUCCAUGAUAUGUUCAGUCCUACUGUCAAUAAUGCUUCGCUUCCCCACCUCAUGGCCAUUCUGAAGCGGGCUUCGGUGGUCAUUGCCGGUGAAUUGGCCAUUUAUGUUCGCUUGGCAAGCGAGCAGCCGGACCAGGUCAUACACCGGUUCGGUUCCUGUUCCAUGCUGAAGGAUUGGUUGAAGCCCAACAACAAGAAGUUCUACAACUUCUACAAGGAAGGCCAGCAUGUGAAAUUCCCCGGCUAUGAGGAAGCUCUUGAAGCUGAGGCCAAUUUGGUGAGCGAGUUACUUGCUUCUCCUUCCGAGAAGGAGUAUUUGGCCAGGGGGCGGUCCCACGAUCAGUGGGCUGAGGCUUAUGGCGGGUCACUGACCACGCCAAGAGGCAACAUGUCGACGGCGGCUACCACCAAUAGUCCAGCGAUUACAUCACCCCCUGCCAAGCAACAGAGGGUCGAGCACGACGAGGAUGCGGACGAAGAGGCCGCGGGUUACAUGCACUCCUGCGACUGA